GCCGCCAUCUUGGUUCAUCCCUCAAUAGAGGCGCGCGGGGUCUUCUACCUCACAGCUGCAGGGGCCGCGCCGAGGCCACUCCAUUUAAAGUGAAAUACGAAGCAUUGUUCUUAGCUGAGAGGGUGAGGGGAAGGAGAGCCAUGGAAGGCUUAAGGAAGGCUGAAAGAUUCGGCAAAGCUGCUGUGAUUAGUGGAAUGGUGAAUAGAGUAGGGGCCUUGAAGCAGGUUAAUGAUUCCACAGAAAAGGUGACUCAAAAGGAAAUUGCAGAUUUGGCCCAAGGUCUUGACCCUGUCCCAGUCUUUGUUCUGAUGAAUCACAUUUUGUUCAAAGGAAGAUGGGCAAAAUCUUUUGACUCCAAUGUCACCGGAAUGCAGAAGUUCUACACAAGUGAGAAUGUCAGCGUGGACGUGUCGAUGAUGUUCCAGUCUGGGGCCAAUAAUCACUUGUUUGACAAGGAGCUGUCCUGCACAGUGGUGCAGCUGGAGUACUCUGGGAACGCCACAGCCUUCUUCAUUCUGCCAGAUGAGGGAAAGAUGGACCAGGUGGUGGCUGCCCUGAGCCGAGAUACGCUGAACAGAUGGUCUCAGCUCCUUCAGGACAGACAUGUGGAUUUAUAUAUUCCAAAGUUGUGUAUUUCUGAGUCCUAUGAUCUUGAAGAUGUCCUAAGGGAAAUGGGGAUGAUGGACCUAUUCACCAACCAAGCCAAUCUCUCUGGCAUCACUAAAGAAGCCUCAGUUCAACUAUCUGAAUUCCUCCAUAAGGCCGUGCUCAGCAUUGAUGAAAAGGGCGCCGAGGCAGCUGCAGACACUGCAUUAAACGUGGUAUUCAAAUCAUAUCAUCCAGUCAUCAAGUUCGACAGACCUUUCCUGUUCAUUGUGUUUGAUCACUUCACCUGGAGCUCUCUGUUCCUGGGAAAAAUCAUGAACCCCGUAUAAGUACCUAGACGUAAAAUGUUGAACUGGAGAGGCGGUGUUGUGUGUCACGUUGUGGAAAUGAUUGGACUAGGAAUCGGGAGACCUGCUUUCUACUUUGAGGGUUGGCGCUUCCUACCUUCACCUCAGUGUUCUAUUUCCUCUUCUGUAAAAUGGAGAUAAUUCUUCCCUGACCCUGCCUUCAUCAUCAACAAUAGGAUUGUUUUGUGGCCCAAAUGAAGCAAUGAAUGUAAAGGUAUUUUGAAAAGUA